AUGGCGCCGGCGUCGAUACACUCGGUAGAUGGCGGUGGGAACCUGCCCGAGGCUUUGGCGACAGUACACACGCAGACAACCCAGCUGCGACGAUGCCUGGAUGCCGACCAGAUCAUGGACGCUCUCAAGGCAGCGUCGACGAUGUUGGCGGAGCUGCGGACGUCGUCACUCUCGCCUAAGCAGUACUACGAGCUGUACAUGGCCGUCUUCGACGCCCUGCGACACCUCUCGAGCUACCUCUUCGACGCCCACACCUCGGGCAAGCAUCAUCUCGCCGACUUGUACGAGCUCGUCCAGUAUGCCGGCAACAUCGUUCCGCGCCUCUACCUGAUGAUCACGGUCGGAACCGUCUACAUGUCGAUUCCUGGCGCGCCUGUCAAGGAAAUCAUGAAGGACAUGAUGGAGAUGACGCGCGGAGUGCAGCACCCGACCAGGGGACUGUUCCUGCGGCACUAUUUGAGCGGAAUGACGAGGGACCACCUUCCUAUCGGCGACGAUCCUGGCCCCGGCGGCAACCUCUUCGACUCGAUCGGCUUCGUCUUGACCAACUUCAUCGAGAUGAACAAGCUUUGGGUCCGCCUCCAGCACUCGGGUCUCUCGCGCGACCGCGAACGCCGCGAGCUCGAGCGACGGGAGCUGCGGAUCCUCGUGGGCACGAACCUCGUUCGCCUCAGCCAGCUCGAGGGAGUCGACCUCGAGAUGUACAGGAGGAUCAUCCUGCCGAGCGUGCUGGAGCAGGUCGUCAACUGCAAGGACGUGAUUGCUCAGGAGUACUUGAUGGAGGUCGUCAUCCAGGUCUUCACACCCGACUUCCACCUUCUCACCCUCUCUCCUUUCCUCUCCGCGACCGCCCAACUCCACCCGAAAGUCAACAUCAAGUCGAUCGUCAUCGCGCUCAUCGACCGCCUCGCCGCCUACGCCGCGAAAGAAGCCGAGAACGAGCCGCCUGAAGAGCGAAGACGGCAGGAGGAGGAGGCGAAGCGCAAGUUGGCGGACGAAGUGCGGAAACAGCGGGAGAAGCGUCGCGCGGCGAUGGAGAAGGCGGAUAUGUUGCCGAGUCAGACGGCCGCGGUCAAGAAGGAUGAGGAGACGGAGGGAUGGGGCGCAGCAGUCAAUGUCUUCCCGCCAGGUCAUCCCGAUGCGGUCAAGGACCUCGAGGUUGGUGACGGUAAGAUCGAAGGGCGAGAAGUCAGGAGUGUUGGUCAGGACGGGCAGGUCAGGAAAUUCCGAGGGAUCCCGGAGGACGUCAAGCUCUUCGAGGUCUUCUGGGAGCAGGUCGUCAACCUCAUCAAGGCUCGCCCCGACCUCUCCAUACAAGACAUCACCGCGCUCCUCGUCUCCCUCGCCAACCUUUCCGUCUCUUGCUACCCCGCCCAGCUCACCUACAUCGACCAAGUGCUCUCCUUCGCCGCCUACCAAUGCACCGCUCAUGCCGACUCGCCCGACCUGCACCACGCCACGACUGCCGCUCACCUUCUCGCUCUCCUCCUCGCGCCAAUCCAGAACUACGUCAACGUCCUCACCCUCCUCGCUCUGCCCUCGUACGAGAAGCUCCUCUACGCUCAGCCGUACGCGACACGACGGUCGGUUGCGCACGCCGUUGUCGCGAGCGUCCUGAAGAACGAGACGGUGAUCGACUCGCCCGAAGACGUCAAGGGCGUCCUCGAGCUCUGCCACGUCCUCGUGCGGGAUCAGAAAGACCGGCCGUCUGGACCUGGCGCUGCAAGCAGACCAGGCAUGGCGGAUCGUGCGAACUCGGGAGGACUCGACGGCGGACGAGGUGGACUGUUUGUUUCGGGCGGCUAUGGUGGCGGAGGGUACAGGAACGGCGGUCAGCAGGGCGGGUACGACAAGGAGGAGAUGGCGGAGGAGCAGGGCUGGGUCGCGCGGAUGGUUCACCUCUUCCGGGCGGACGAUCUGGCUGUGCAGUUCCAGCUCUUGCAAACCGCUCGACGCGAGUUCACCGAAGGCGGCGAUCGGAUCCGCUGGACCUUCCCGCCUCUCAUCGUCGCUGCCAUCAAGCUCGCACGACGGUACAAACAGCGUCAGUCGACGCGCCGCUCCCUCCCGCCAGACGAAUGGGACGCCCGCAUCUCCGCCCUCUUCCGCUUCAUCCACCAGUGCACCUCGAUCCUCUACAACAAGGUCGAGGCGUCCGACAUCUGCCUUCGACUGUAUCUCCUCGCCCUCGCCGCUGCCGACGAGUCAGGUCACGAAGAGCUUGCGUACGAGUUCGCUGUCCAGGCGUUCACCAUCUACGAGGAGUCUAUCUCCGAAUCGCGCGCGCAGCUGCAGGCCAUCACGGCGAUCAUCGGUGCUCUGCAAGUUACCCGCGUUUUCGGCGACGACAACUACGACACGCUCAUCACGAAGGCAGCGCUGCAUGGUGCGAAACUGCUGAAGAAGGGUCAGCAGGCAACGGCUGUGGCGCUGGCGAGCCACAUGUGGUGGCAGAUGGACUUGCCGGGACGCGAGCCGAGCGAGAACGAUAAGCCUCCGUACCGAGACGGCAAGCGCGUCCUCGAAUGCUUGCAGAAGGCGCUCCGCAUCGCGACUUCGUCCAUCGACGAGUUGACGAGCGUGCAGCUCUACUGCGACGCGCUGGACCAGUACUUGUACUACUUCGAGCGCGGCGUGGAGGCGAUCUCGGCCAAGCACAUCAACUCGCUCGUCGAGCUCAUCUCAUCCAACCUCGACUCUCUGCCUCCCCUCCCGCCCGCACCCUCGCCCAACCCCGCCCACCCGUCUCACGCGCCUCACACCACCUACGCCCCGUCAACACUCGGCGGCGCCACCUCCGGCCUGAUCGAAGGCGUCAACACGCCCGAAGCCGUCACGCGCCACUUCCGCAAUACGCUGCUGUACAUCAACGGUCGCAAGGACGGCGCGAAUGAGCAGACGACUGAGGAGGUCACGCGGUUGUAUCAGGAUGUGGAUGUCACGGGCGUGUUGCUCAAGUACGGCGCAGGGCCGAACGACCAGCAGCAGCAGCAGCCUUUGCGGAGGUGA